CUGCAUCAUCAUCCUCCUGUGGUCAGGGCUCACACCCCCCCUUCUCGAUUCCCUCCCUGCGUCACUCCUCCUCCUCCUCCUCCGCCUCUCAGCCUCCCGCUGCACAUACCACCCCCUCCAUCAUCGCCCCUUUCUCGACACUGGGCUGCAGGGGAUUUUUUUUGUUAUCCAUGGCCAUAGCUCGCCGGCCUUUGUUGAGCAGCAGCACCGACAUCUACAGGCCGUGCGUGAGUGAGGCUUUGUCCCCCAUCCGCGGGUCGCUUUCUGCCCUGCCGCCUCCCCCGUACGACGACAGCGAGUGACGACGGUCGGGCGCGCACGAGACCAACGGCACAGCGGCCAGAGACAGCUCGCGCCCCCCCUUCCUAGCGAAUACGAAGGGGACGGACGGUGUACCGCGAGCUGCACGCCUCACAGCCCAAGGCGGCCGCAGAGAGGAGGCACGCACGUACGAAGACACGACCGCGCUCCCGCGCUCCCAAACCCCAUAGCGACCGACCGACCGACCGACCGACCGACCGACCAAGUUCUAGCUAGCUAGCUACACCGCACAUACGCAUCACCUGCCUCUCUUCUUACCCACGCACCAGCAGCAGCGACAUCGGCGGCGGCGGCGGCAGCUCCCGCACGCGUUCCCCCCGGCACGAUGGCGUCCUGGUACAACAACAUCCUCACCAAGACCACGUCGCAAAUCUCCUCCCUCCGCUCCACGCUCCUCUCCUCCGACGCCGACGGCGACACCGAGGACGACACCCACGUCUGCCGCGUCCUGCGCAACUACUACUCCGACAAGGGCCGCCCCUUUCCCCCCUGGCUCCCCCCCGACCCCAAGGCCGCCGCGCCCCCGCCCGCGCAGACACUCUACUCCCAGCCGCAGGUCGGGUCGCGAUACGGUGGCCUCGGCCAGCAGCAGCAGCAAGGAGGAGGAGGUCCCGGCAGCAGCGGCGCGUUGAGCAGCCUGUGGGAUAGCGGGCCGGCACCGCAGCAGCAGCAGCAACAAAGCCUUCGUGCUGGAAGAUUGGCCCCCAACGCGGCGGCCGGUGUCGGGCCGGCGGGGAGGAUGGGCGGCGGCGGCGGGCGUGACGACGCCGUGAUGCCGCGUCCGCUGCCGAGCCAGCGCGCGGGCAGCUACCAAAGCGCGACGGCGGCCUCUCCGCAACCAACCGGCGCGUCCGCGCAGGACCGUCUCCGCCAGCGCCUCUGGGGCGGCAGCUCAUCACGCACGUCUAGCCCUUCGCAGAGCGCCACCGGCAGCGGCCAGCAGGGUCCGUUCCAGCCCCCGUCCGCUAAUAGCGUUGGCGGCGGCAGCAGCAACAGCAAAUCAUCAAAGUACGAAGACCGCUUCGCUCCCAGUGGCUCGUACGAUUCCGGCCGUGGCGGCGGCGGCGGCGGCGCGUACAUGGGUGCGAACGCGCCGUGGUCGAGCGGAGGGGGCGAGUACGGAGGAGGAGGGGGAGGAUCAGGAGCAGGAGGUGGAGCUGGCGGUGGUGGAAGGCAGGGCCUUCCCAGCGGGCCGAGGAGGCAAGGCUUGCCGAGCGGGCCUCGUGGGUACAGAUGAGUUCCAGGAGGAAGCAUGUUUCUUGUCGGGCGGAGACGAGAGGACCCGUCGUAAUGUUUGUUGUGAUGGCGAAUGGGUGAGGGAACGGGGUGGCCGUCGGUUUGCAUGCGAGCCUAGCAGGUUAGAGGCGUUAAUACCCGGGUUGACAUUCCUUUACCGCCGCCGACAUGUCGGUGGACUAUUAAACUGCCAUGUGCGCUUUUUGUCAUGUUUGUCACUGGAUCAUACAUACUUUCACAGAUAGCUAGCUUCUUCAGUUGCAAAAAGGAGCUUCAUAAAUCA